AUCGUACUUUCGUGCCACCUUCACAGCCUCUUUCAAUAUUUCAGCUCCACACAACCUGUUGUAGCUGUUAACUGAGUGAAUGAGCUUGGGCGAAGAAAUGCUUGACAUCUCCCUGUGCCCUUGGUAUUUGCUGCAUACACUCGAGGGGAACGAAAGGUGCUGGGAAAGGCGAGGAGGAGGAGGGAAGGAAGAGGAGGAAGUGCCUCGCCUCUCUCCUUCCCGGCCAGUUUUGUCCAUUUCCUGAAACAUUUUCAUACGAAACAGACGAUUUGUAAGAGUGAUUCCCGGAAAAGAAAUUACGUCGACAAGUUAACGAAACUUAUUCUCAGACAAGUAUUGUAUAUAUCCCCAGAACUUAGUUUUUGUGGUUCUCUCAAUAUUAAACAGUUUUGUCAUUAUUGUAAUUUGUUAUCAAUUUAUAGACUUGGGAUUCACUGGAGUGUAUGGUAUCACUAAAACUCGGGACAGCUGGUCGUAACGUUGAGAGCCAUGAAUGACAAGUUAAAUGCGCAGUUAUUCACAUUUAUGAGUCCAUUGGGUACGAUAUAUUCAAGAUGAUAGUAAAACAUGUUUAUGAAUACAUCGCCGUGUUGGGAUUCAUUCCUAGCAAUCAACACAAUAGUUAUACAUGAACGCUUCCAGGAAACGAUAGCUUCACCGCCACCAACCCUACCCUCAUGCUAACUCGGAAGUACAACAUAACCAUAAACGAAACUUGCUUCUCUUGUAGAGUAGGCAUGUUUUCCUGAGUUAAAGAUAGUGCCAAACGUAUGGUAAUAUUUUAAUGAAUGGAAUGACAUGAAGAUAGAUAUUGGUUAAACUGGUAGGUAAUCUAACCUAACUAACUGUACCUUAUCCAACCUAAGCUGUUCUAAUAUAAGUCAGGUGGCUUAUCUAAAUGAUUCGAUAAUUAAAUUCAUAGAUAUCUUGGUUAGUCAUGAGAAAAGAAAAUGAGGUAAGUCAUAUGCCUGGCCAGUGAAUCAUCGACAUUACAACGAAGGCGGCGGGAAACACGUUACAGCAUGAUAGAAAUACACUAACAAGGGUUUACUUUACAGUUUACCCAUAUGUUACAGAAAGGAAGAAUUUACGUGGUGUGCCAAAGAUACAGAAAGUUAGGGCUUGACAUAACGUGGCUGAUCCAGUUGUCAAGUCACACAACAAGACAAGGCAGAGUCGCGCGCGCGAAGUAGUGCGAUGGUGAUAGCAGUAAUAAUGGUGUUGGAUGGUUGUUAGUGCGAUGGUUAGUGGCGGCGAGGCGGGGCGGGGCGACUGGCUUGCUAGUGUUAUUGUGACGGGAAUGAAGGCGACACCUUCCUUCCGCACCUCGCCUGUCUGUCUGUCGGCAGUAUCGGCGCUCUCGCCUCUAGUCUGUAGUCUUCGUUCUUGACUUUUUAUAUUAUUUGUUUACGUUUGUGUGUUGUUCUGUCAGGGUCUACGGUUUUUAGUAGUCGUAGUCGUUAUUGUUGUUGUUUGGCUAGCGAUUGUUUUUUUAUUGUUGGUGUUGUUUUAGUUUUGUUUUGGUUUUUACUUGUUUUAGUGUUGUCCUUCGCACCUUUGUUGUUUGUUUUAUUUAUUAAAGGUUUAUUUGGUUUUGGAUUAUAAUUGUAAGUGGUCUGUUUUAGUUGCUUACUUGAGAAAUGAGUCCAGUGUUGGCUUCCCCCUUCAAGUCUCCCAUAGCUGUGCUCGCAAUUAAACAGUGGUCAUCAUCGCGCAGGUGUCAUCGGGAUGACCCUGUUCCCACUGCCUCCCCUAUCCAUGCUCAGAAUGUCCUCCAGCAAUCUGACUCAGCAGACAUGCAUUGUUCAGAUCCCUGUUCCACACCACAACUCAACCGCUCCUAUGUGGUCACCACCCCUGACAGUGGUGUCCACACUGGCCCUCUGCUUCCCAGGCUGUCAGGGGCAGGCAGUCCAUCAUCAGUCCUCCAGGGCAGUAGUCCUAUUCCUAUCACUGGCAACACUCCAACCUCAAACCACAGUGGAAGACUAAGAGCAAUAAAAGAAGCACUUAACUGGAGCAAGCUGGUGUUUUCAAAGGAUGACCACCCAGAUGUCACACACAAGCAGGAGUUUCAAUCUCAAAAACUCUCCUGUAGCAGUAAGGAUACCCACCGACCAUCUGUCACAUCACUCGCUUCCUCUGCUAUCUCCUUCGUCACCACCACCACCACCACCCUUCUCAGUGAGAAUUCUUGCAGUGACUCUUCAGAGUAUGGAGAGUCGUGGUGUCUCAAGCUGUCAGACUUGGAUUCCCCGGCCUGUCUGUCUCCACGCAGUUCAGGAUGGCGCAAGCUUGUGUCUGAGUCUGAAAAGUUCCCGAGCAAACCCAGUUCAGAAGUUGAUGAAAAGUCUGAAGGGACACUGGUCAAUUCUGAGGAGUAUGUGGUAGUGGAUAAAUUGAGGCAAAAUGUUGGUUCCAGUGAGGGCAAGGAAGCCAGUUGUUCUGCAGAUUUUGGCAUUGUUCAGGUAAUGAAGGUUCUUUUUAUGUAAAAUUGCUUUAAUUUUAUUAUUAUUAUUAUUAUUUAUUAUUGUUGUUAUUGUUAUUAUUAUUAUUUAAAUUACUCAAAAAAUACUUAGUGUGGUUAGAGAAUGAAUAUUAAUGUAUUAAAGAUUUUAUAUUAAAAGUUAUGUCCAGGCUGAGAAUUGGUUUCUGGAUUUCUCUCUCUCUCUCUCUCUCUCUCUCUCUCUCUCUCUCUCUCUCUCUCUCUCUCUCUCUCUCUCUCUCUCUCUCUCUCUCUCUCUCACCUUGCUUGCAUCUGUGUUAUUCAAGAUUGUGAGGCAGAACAAGUAGUUUGAUGUAAGUGGUCCAUGCUAAGUGAUGUACUUGGGCUAUGUUGAUAGGACUGGGACACACCUGAUCUGUCAAGACUAGGGAUAAGCAGUGAUGCAGUUCCUAGUGUCUAGUAUAGUUAACACAAGAUGUUGAUAAAGAAGAAAUGACCACAAAAUACCACACAAACUGUAUCUGAGAAGCUUAGAAGCAGGACCAUAGUGAAAUAAUAUUGAAAAAUAGUGUGAAGUUCUUUUUUUGUUAAAGAGUAUGUGUAGGUGAACUUUGCUUAUUCUCUAUAUAUUGUAGCAACAUAUGUCUGUGCAAAGGAAUGGUGAUUGUUGAACUUUUAUGCAGAUGGACAUUGUUUGUUACUGUUAGUGCUAGGUAAGUCCUGACAUGUUAACUAAGAUGGUUUGUUUCUCCU